CCGGACCCCUUUCUCCCUACCCACCUCCUUCGUGCAAGCUGAGGAGGAGAGGCGGGAAGUAUGCGGGACUAUGACGAGGUGAUCGCUUUCCUGGGCGAGUGGGGGCCCUUCCAGCGUCUCAUCUUCUUUCUGCUCAGCGCCAGCAUCAUCCCCAAUGGCUUCAAUGGUAUGUCAGUCGUGUUCCUGGCGGGGACCCCCGAGCACCGUUGCCUGGUUCCUGACACUGUGAACCUGAGCAGCGCGUGGCGCAACCACAGUAUCCCGUUGGAGACCAAGGACGGACGACAGGUGCCUCAGAGCUGCCGUCGCUACCGACUGGCCACCAUCGCCAACUUCUCUGCGAUGGGGCUGGAGCCAGGACAGGAUGUGGAUCUGGAGCAGCUGGAGCAAGAGAGCUGCCUGGAUGGCUGGGAAUAUAGCCAGGAUGUCUUCACGUCUACCAUCGUGACAGAGUGGAAUCUGGUGUGUGAGGAUGACUGGAAGACACCCCUCACCACCUCCCUGUUCUUCGUAGGCGUUCUCUGCGGCUCCUUCGUGUCUGGGCAGCUGUCAGACAGGUUUGGCAGGAAGAAAAUCCUCUUUGCAACCAUGGCUGUGCAGACUGGAUUCAGCUUCGUGCAGAUUUUCUCAAUCAACUGGGAGAUGUUUACUGUGUUAUUUGCCAUCGUGGGCAUGGGCCAGAUCUCCAACUACGUGGUGGCCUUCAUACUAGGAACUGAAAUCCUGAGCAAGUCGGUUCGCAUCAUCUUCUCCACAUUAGGAGUCUGUACAUUUUUUGCAAUCGGCUACAUGGUACUGCCACUGUUUGCAUACUUCAUCCGAGACUGGAGGAUGCUGCUGCUGGCCCUGACACUGCCUGGGCUGUUCUGUGUCCCCCUCUGGUGGUUUAUUCCAGAAUCUCCCCGGUGGCUGAUAUCCCAGAGGAGAUUUGCAGAGGCAGAACAGAUCAUCCAGAAAGCCGCAAAGAUGAACAGCAUUGUGGCGCCAGCAGUGAUAUUCGAUCCUCUGGAGCUACAGGAGCUAAACUCCUUGAAGCAGCAGAAAGUCUUCAUUCUGGACCUGUUCAAGACUCGGAACAUUGCCACAAUAACAGUGAUGUCUGUGAUGCUGUGGAUGCUAACCUCAGUGGGUUACUUUGCUCUGUCUCUCAACGUUCCUAAUUUACAUGGAGAUGUCUACCUGAACUGCUUCCUCUCUGGCCUGAUUGAAGUUCCAGCUUACUUCACAGCCUGGCUGCUACUGCGAACUCUGCCUCGGAGAUACAUUAUAGCUGGGGUGCUGUUCUGGGGAGGAGGCGUGCUUCUCUUGGUCCAAGUGGUACCUGAAGAUUACAGCUUUGUGUCCAUCGGCCUGGUGAUGCUGGGGAAAUUUGGGGUCACCUCUGCCUUCUCCAUGUUGUAUGUCUUCACUGCGGAGCUCUACCCAACCCUGAUCAGAAACAUGGCGGUGGGCACCACCUCCAUGGCCUCGAGGGUGGGCAGUAUCAUUGCCCCCUAUUUCGUUUACCUGGGUGCCUAUAAUAAACUCCUACCCUACAUCCUCAUGGGCAGUCUGACUGUCCUCAUUGGAAUCGUCACGCUUUUUUUCCCUGAAAGUUUUGGAGUGACACUACCAGAGAACUUGGAGCAGAUGCAGAAAGUGAGAGGGUUCAGAUGUGGGAAAAAAUCUACAGUCUCGAUGGACAGAGAAGAAAACCCCAAGGUUCUAAUAACAGCAUUCUAACAAGGUUUCCAAGGCACUUGGCAAACUGAAAAACAGAUGUGUAAAUGAGCAGGGCGUGGAGACAGAGAUCAAGAGUUCAAGGUCCUCCUUGGCUACAUCAGGAGUGUAAGACCAUCCUGCCUUCCACAAGCAAGCCUGUCUCAACAAAGCAAAACAAAAGCCUUUUCUGCAGAAAGGAACUAAUGGAAACAGUGAGCACUAAACUGGACUUGUGGAGAAAUACACAAUAUCUCAUGAAUUCUGGGCCACUCUUCCAGAUGGUCUUGUUUUUAAGAACAAACAUUUCUAAAGUCUUGACUACUAACUAUUCAAUGAAAUAGAUUUGUAAGAUUUUUUUUUGAAAAUGUGUUAGUCAAGGACUGGCAAAAUCCAUAUGAAGAUUAACAUACAUCUCCAAACGUAUAAAUGCUAUCCAAAUAAAAUUUA